AUGAGCGAAGAUCAGCCAGAGGCAAAUAGAAUGUCUGUAAAACAACUGGCAGGGAAGUUUUAGUCAAUGAUUAAAACUACCACUCCUUUACAACAAUAACCACCUCCCUAAAGAAAAAGCGAAGUCUUCACCAGAAGUUCAAUGUCGAGGGAAGAAACGAAUAAAAUAUAAUAAUUAGUAGGCCAGGUUCAAUAGGAAAUCAAACAAGAGCAACAAGCUGUCUAAUCUCAGACUAUACAGAAAGAGGAAAAUAAUACACAACCAAUAUUAAUCAAUAAAUCUGACAAUUUGGUAGUCGAUUCACAAUUUCAAUAAUAGUCAUAAGUUUAGCAAUAAAAAAAUUAAACUCUUGAGCAAGAUGAUGGGUAAUUAUUAAUGUUAAUCAACAAGGAACUCCAAAUUUCAAAACAAUAAAUUUAGAUUUGAAAAGGAAGAAUUAAAGAAUUAAAUAGAGUAUUUUAUUCAUAUUAAAUAGAAAGUUGAAAGCAAGAAUUCAAAGGUAUGAAAAUGAUGAAAAACAGUACAUUCAUAUUGAAGCCAGAAAAUAGGAAUUAGAAUAAAACCUAUAAAUGAAAUAAUAAGAAUGUCUGCAAUUACAAUAAAAGUAAUUCACAAUUAAAUGACUUAGGUUGGGAACAGCAGAGGAUGAAUUUAGAAAAAAAUAACAAGUAAUCUUAGACGAAUUACAAAAAACUAUUGAAUCUAAAACAAAAGAGAAUUCUUCAAAGGAUUCAAAGAUUCAAGAUCUCUAAGAAAAUUUAGUAUUAUUAUCAGAAUAGAUAAAAGAAAAAGAUUUAAAAAUAAGAGAAGUUUAAGAAGCGGAGUAAAAAGAAAUUAGUGACAUUGCUAAAGAAAGAAUUAAACUAAUUGGCGAUCUUCAUAAGUGCUAAGCUGAAUUAUAGGAAUUAUAAAAAACUAAUGCUCAAUAAUUUUCAUAGAUUUAAUAAUUAACCAAUAAAGCAACUCAAAUCUAAAACCUAUCAAAAUUAGAAAUUGAUAAAUUGAAAUAGUUAAAUUAAGAAUAACAAGAUAAACUUUAAGAAAAUCAAUUAAAUAUAGAAUUAAUGAAUAAUAAAAUAAAUGAAUUGACUGAAUUAAAUGAUCAACUCAAUUACCAAUGUGAUUAAUUACUUAAGAACAAAGAAUAAUUAGAAAAGGAAUUAGUACAAAGUAAAAGAGAUGUUGAAAUUGAACUUAAGUAAAAAUAAGAAUUUAUUCACGAACUUUAAUAUUAAAUUCAAAAUCUAAAAAAUGAGCAACUAUAACUAGAGUCAAAGUUUGAGAAUGAACAAUUCGAACUAAAUUAACAAUUGAAUAAUUUAAAUGAAUAAUUACAAUCCCUUACAACUUAAAAUUAAUAAUUAGUUAAAGAUAAUUCACUCUUAAAUAAUGAAUUUAUAGCUUAUAAAAAUGAAAAAGAUCAAGAAAUUGAUUAGUUAAAUUAACUAAAUAAAUAAAUAAAUAAUGAUUUAGAUUAAGCUAGAUAACAAUUUAAUUUAAGCUAAUUGGAAAUAGAAUAAAAAUAUAGUGAUCAAAUUCAAAAUCUGAAUUCUACUAUUACUUAAUUGGAGGAUUAAAAAUAAUCAUUAUUAAAAAAAGCAAAUGAAGAGAAAUUAUAAUUGCAGAAAGUUAUAACAACUCAUCAAUAAGAAUUAGCUUUAGAGUAAGAUCUAAAUAAAUAAACUUAAAUUAAAUUAACAAAUGAAAUAAACUAAUAUAAAGAUGAUUUAUUGUAAAAACAAAUGCUAAUUCAAUAACUCAAUGACAAAAUAAAUAUUUUAUAAGAACAUUCAAAAUCAUAGGAAACAAAUAUUUCAAAAAAUAUUGAUGAUUAUAAGAUCUUGUUAGAUUAAAAUAAUUAAUAGAUUACUUAAUUAUCUGAAUAAAUUAGAUAAUUAAAAAAAUAAUAAAAGCAAUAAGAAUAAGACUCAAAGACAACAAUCUCUUAGUAUGAAUUGCAGAUGAAAUAAUAUUUAUAAGAAUUAAAAUAGACUAAAAUAUAGAAGAAUGAUGCUGAAAGUGAAAAAUAAAGUAAAGAGGCUUAGUUAACAUAAGUUAUCGAAAAAUAAAAAUCAUAAUUGUCAUAAGCCAAUACUACAAUUUAAGAUUUAAAUUAUUAAAUUUAAUAACUACAACAGAAUAUAAAAGAUCAAGAUGAAUAACGUCUAAGCAUCAUGUCAUCCAAAUAGUCAGCAAUUUUUGAAAAAGAAAAUCAGAUAACCAGUUUGGAUAGUUAAGUAUAGAAAUAUUUGAAUGAAAUAUAAAGCAAAUAAGAGGUUAUUUCUGAAUUGUAAAGGUUAUUAGAAAAACAAAAGUAAGAAGUAACUUCUUUAAUUUUGGAGAGAGAAAGAACAUAGAAAAACAGCAGUCAAUAGGUUUAUGAAUUGCAAGCAUAAAUUAAAGAUUUAAAUUAUGAGAUUAAUCAGUUGAAGAAUUCAAUGAUUUAAGUUGAAAAUGAAAAAAAUAUCAACAAAGAAGAAUACAAUCAAGCUACCGAUUAAUUAAAAGAGCAAAUUAACAGAUAGAGUACAAUGAUAGCAGAACUAUAAGAAUUUUUGAAAGACAGCAAUUAAAAGGAAUUAAUAAGUACCUAAAAAGCCACAUAGUAGAGUCUUGAAAUCAAUUAGUUACAGUUAGAAUUGGCAAAAUUAAAAAAUGAACAGUCCCUCUAAAUGUAAAAUAAUUAAUCUCUAAUUGAAGAUUUAUAAAUAAAAUUCCAACAAUAGAAAUAAAAGGAUUAAGAUGAAUACAGCAAGACAACAUUGAUAAAUGUAUAAAAGAUACAAAAUCUUGAAUUAGAAUCAGAAGAAUUAAAAAAUGAGAAUUUCAAAUUGAAAGAUUAAAUUGAAUAAUUAAAUUAAAGCAUUAAUCAAUUAAAAGAUGAAUACCAUAAUCAAAAUAAUUUAGUUUAAUAGACAAAUUCUGAUUAGCAAAGAUUGCAAAAUGAAAUUAAUGAGAAAUCUCAAAGAAUUGAGGAAUUAGAAUUAUUAAAUGAGAAUUCUAAAAAUUAGAUUGAUUAAUUAAAUUAAACUAUGUUAGGCUAAUUAGAAAUGAUACAAAUGUAAACAAAUAAUAUUUAAGAUUCUUAAGUUAGGUAUAAUUAAUUAUUACUUGAAAAUUAAGAAAUUCAAGCUAAAUUUGAAAAUUAAAUAUUAAAAGAAAAUUCUUAUUUUAAAUAAAUUGAAGAGCUAAAGGUGUCUUUUGAAUAAUUGGAGUAGGCAAAUUUAUAGUAGAAUGAUGAAAUCUAAAAGUUAUAAAGUUAAUUAGAGAUAGAAAACAAAAAGAGAGAAAAUGUUGAGCAAGAAUACAAGUUAGUAACUGAAGAAUUUAAUGAUUAUAAGGAUUAAGCAGAAAAAUCUAUCAAUGAACUAUAGAAUACACUUAUUAGUUGUAAAAAUGAAUCAAAAUAACAUAUUAAUAACACUUUGCUAUAAUAAAAACAAAAAUCAGAACUAGAUUAGAAAUUAGUUAAGUUAUCAUAAUAACUUUAAAGUGAAAGAUCUUAAUUUGAAUUUGAUCUUCAUUAAAUGUAAGAGAACUUUAAUUAAAAAAACAAAGAUUUACAAUUGUUAUUAAAUCAAAAAAUUGAAGAAAUUUAAAAGCAGUAAUAAGAGUUAAAAAAAUAAGAAAAAAUUGAGAAGAUGAUUUUUGAGUUGAGCGUCUAAAAAGAUUAAUUUAUUUAAUAAAUAGAUAUAUCUGAAAAAAAACUAAAAGAUUAAAUUUAAGAGAAUUAAAAACUUAAUCAGAUAAAUUAAACUUAGUUGGCUUAAUUUUAAAAUGAGAAACUCAAACUGUAAUCAGAAAUUAAAUAAUUGUCUAAUUAAAAUUAGUAGUAUUUAAAUCAGAUCUAGAAAUAUUAAGAAUAUAUUUAGUAAUAAUAAAAAGAUUUAGAGAAAAAUUAAUUCAUCAAUAAAACUGCUGUCUUAGAUGAUAAUUAAGGUUAGAUUUUAGAAAAGGAAUUAACCAAUCUUUAAAAAAAAGUAUUUUAUUUUAUCGAAUUAAUAGCUUGUGUAAAAAUUGAACUUCUAUAAAGAUUUACUUUCAGACAAAAAAAACACUGAUCUUAAGCAAACUGUGAAUGAGGAUCUAAUAACUAUUAAGAAAGAUUACAUAAUUGCAUUAGAAAAAGUGGGAAUCAUUGUUAGAGGGAUUGAUGAAUUAGAAAAGAUUUCAGGAUCAAAGAAUGCGUAUAAAUUUUAUUAAUUUAGGAAUGAACUAAAUAAGCUAAAUAGAAUUUUAAGAGAAUUUAUCUAAAAAUUUGCGAAUUCAGUAUAAUGA